GAGAGAGAGAGAGAGAGAGAGAGAGAGUCUCUAUUUUGACAUUGGAAUAUUUGCUGCUGUGAUUCCGCCUGAACAGUCAGGCUGACUAUCCUCUGCUUCUGCCCUGCCAUCUCACCGUAACCACAGAACCUUUCACGGUCCACAAUGACCGUGGCCGAGCAGACUGUAACGUGGCUCAUCACGCUCGGGGUGCUGGAGUCUCCAAAGAAGAGCAUCUCUGAUCCGGAGGCUUUCCUCCGGACGUCUCUGCAGGACGGGGUUGUGCUGUGCAGGGUGUUGGAGCGAUUGAGACCGGGAACGACGGAAACAUUUUUUCAGGAACCGAGGACUGACAGCGAGUCUCAACUGAAUAUCAGGGAGUUCAUCAAAGGCGUCGGGACCUUCGGCGUGGAGCCUUUUGAGGUCAAUGACCUCCUUCAAGGGCUGAACUUCACCAAGGUCCUAAACUCCUUGGUUGCACUGACCAAAGUGACUAAAGUCUCAGGUGUUUCUGUUUGUGUGCCUCACUCCCAUUCAUUGAGGAUUAAAUCGUUUGACUUUCUGAAGAGUCAAAGUCAUUCCUCCAAACUACAACCACCUCAGUAUCAUAGCCAUGACAUGUCUGAUGGAAGUGGGUGUGGCCAAUUUCUUUUCAAGGCACGCUUCCCUUUCCAGCAGACAAAUGACAAUGAACUCUCUUUAUCCAAGGGUGACAUCAUUAAUGUGAGCAGGCAGGAGGAAGGGGGCUGGUGGGAAGGUUCGCUUAAUGGCAAGACCGGCUGGUUCCCCAGUAACUAUGUGCGGAAACUGAAAGGAAGUGACAAGUCAUUAAACAAACCAAAGCCUGGGACACUGAGAACCCUGCCAAAAGGUUUUGACACCUCUAUCAUCAGCAAGACCUACUACAACGAGGUUCUCCAGAACAUCCUGGAAGCAGAGUAUGAGUACUUGAGGGAACUACAAAGUCUUUUGGGGUCCUACCUGUGCAACCUCCAACCCACAAACAGGUUGGGUGGUGUUCAUAUCAGCCACAUUCAAGGAAAUCUCGAGGAGAUCUCGACCUUCCAACAGAUGCUGGUUCAAUCCUUGGACGAGCAUACAAAGCUUCCAGAAUGUCAGCAGAGAAUAGGAGGCUUCUUCCUGAGACUUAUGCAUCAAAUGAAGAAUCUUUAUCUGGCUUACUGUGCAAAUCAUCCAUCUGCCAUCAGUGUGCUAACUCAGCACAGUGAGGAGCUGGGGGAGUACAUGGAAUCCAAGGGGUCAUCUAGUCCGGGGAUCCUGACACUGAUAACGAGUUUGAGUAAACCCUUUACUCGACUGGAGCGAUACCCAACCCUGCUUAAAGAAAUGGACAGACACAUGGAGGACCAACACCCAGACAGAGUUGACCUGCAAACAUGUAUGGCAUCUUUUAAAAACCUCGCAGCUCAGUGCCAGCAAGUGAGGAAGAAGAAGGACCUGGAGUUACAGGUUUUAACUGAGCCAGUCAGGAACUGGGAGGGGGAUGACAUUCGGACCCUCGGCCCUGUUCUUCACAUGUCCCAGGCUACGGUCUGCUCCCAGAACUGUCAGGAGUCACGUGAACGCUACCUUGUGCUCUUUCCUCAUACACUGCUCUUCCUCUCAGCAAGCAUGAGAAUGAGUGGAUUCAUCUACCAGGGGAAGAUGCCACUGUCGGGAAUGCUGAUCUCCAGGAUAGAAGACAGGGAAAUCAUGAGGAAUGCAUUUGAAAUUUCUGGUGUUCAGUGCAACCGUAUGCAAGUGGCAUGCAACAGUCAGCAGGAUCUACUGGACUGGUUAGACCUUCUCACCAAAUACACACACAACCCUGCUGUACACACACAUAAGACUCAGUCUGUGUGUCACACAUUGCCUUCCCUGCCUGUCACCCCUUACCAACACUCAGAAUCUUGUGGCGGAAGCAGUGCCUCCCACACUCUACCUCAUCUUUCCUCAUAUGGCGGCAGCCCCAUGUGGGGGGCCUUGGAGCCACCAAGUACCCCAUCAACCUGGAGCAUGAGCUGUCUUCGGCCUGCCCCUCCUCUGCGGCCAUCUGCUGCCCUUUACAACAAGGAGGAUAUGAGUAUGAGUCCAAAGAAUAUGAAAAAGCUCCUUUCCAAGAGAAAGCCAGAGAGGAAACUCUCUGAAGAAAACCUCACUGUUAGAAAGAGUACAGCAGCUCUCGAGGAGGACGCUCAAAUAUUGAAAGUGAUUGAGGCGUACUGCACCAGUGCCAAGACCCGACAAACCCUCAACUCGACUUGGCAAGGCACUGACCUCAUGCACAACCAUGUCCUCGCUGACUCCACCCUCGUUGUUGCUGGCAACCCGAGCAACCUGCCGUGUUCUGACCAAUCAGAGGACUGGGAUUAUGACAGUAUCUGGACCACCACUAGUUACAGGACUGCCUCAUUUUCUCGUUCCAGCAGGAGGGAUGCUCACAUGUUAUUCCCAGGGGAGGAGAAGAUCAUAGUGGAGGAAAACAGGAGCAAUGGACAAACUGCAAUGGAGGAGAGCAGCCUUGUGGACACUGUACACAAUUUGAGAGAUGAGGGCCAGGAACUCAAACAGGACAACAAGAGGAUGAAGAGGACGCUAGAGGAGGAGCAGCGAGCCAGGAAAGAGCUUGAAAGAAUCAUCAGGAAUGUUUUGAAGAACAUGAACGACCCAACCUGGGAUGAGACAAACCUCUGAAAGUGCUCUGAACAUUAAACCCUCUCAUUAGGAAAAUGCAA